CCAGAGAGAGAGAAGCUAACAGCAGCGGAACGUCGUGCGGCCACCCCCGCCAACCGCGCUAGACUGCCACAACCACCCCACGUGACGAGCCGUGACGAGCCGUGACGAGCCGUGACGGCGCGGCCGUGACGAGGUGACGAGACGCGAGCCUGUUGAGUGCCUGGACCGGAGGAUGUCCGGUCCUCGUCGAUGACAACACCGCGGCCGGACUCGUAACGCGCAAGUGGAGUGCCGACGAUGCGAGCAUGUGGCGCUCCUUCCUGCUGCUCGGGGCCGCGGCUCUGCUGCUCAGCCAAUCACGGGCCGAGAAAGUCAAAGACCGCACGUUCUGGUACGCCGAGGCGCGCGCCAAGCUGCGGCAGCGGCUGCACUCCGGGUCGUCGACGCUGCCCCGCCCCCUGCCGCACGCCAAGAACGUGAUCCUGCUGGUGGGCGACGGCAUGGGCACGGCCACCGUCACGGCGGCCAGGAUCCUGCGCGGCCAGCGCCAGGGCAAGCACGGCGAGGAGGCGGAGCUGGCCUGGGACCACUUCCCCACCGUGGGGCUGGUCAAGACGUACAACGCGGACGCGCAGGUCGGCGAGUCGUCGGCGUGCGCCACGGCCCUCAUGUGCGGCGUCAAGGCCAACUUCGAGACGGUGGGCAUGGACGCGCGCGGCCGCUUCGAGAACUGCGCCACGACGUUCAACUCCAAAGUGCCGUCCCUGCUCACCUGGGCGCAGCAGGAAGGCAAGGCGACGGGCGUGGUGACGACGACGCGGAUCACCCACGCCACCCCGGCCGCGCUGUACGCCACCGCCGCGUCCCGCUACUGGGAGGACGACGGCAAGGUGCCGCCCAGCAGCCGGCGCGUGUGCAAGGACAUCGCCCGCCAGCUGGCCGAGGAGGAGCCGGGCCGGAACCUCAACGUGGCGCUCGGCGGCGGCCGCCGGCACUUCCUGCCCAAGGCGACCAAGGACCCCGAGGCGCCCAACGAGGAGGGCCGCCGCCAGGACGGCCGCAACCUGGUGGACGAGUGGCUCAAGGACAAGUCGCGGCGCGGCCUCCGCGCGCAGUACGCCUGGAGCAAGUCGCAGCUGCAGACCGCGGCCAGCGCGCCGGGCAUCACGCAUCUGCUGGGGCUGUUCGCCUACUCGCACAUGGACUUCGAGGCGGACCGCGACGCGGGGCCCGACGGCGACCCCUCGCUGGCCGACAUGACGCGCGCCGCCCUGGCCGUGCUCAUGCGCCAGCCCAGGGGCUUUUUCCUCUUCAUCGAAGGAGGUCGCAUCGACCACGCGCACCACUACAACAACGCGUACCGCGCCCUGGACGAGACGCUGGCGCUCGAGUCGGCGCUGUUGGCCGCCAUGGAGCUGGUGGACGUCACCGACACCCUCAUCGUGCUCACGGCGGACCACUCGCACGUGCUGACCCUGGGCGGACUGGCCACGCCGCGUGGCAACCCUAUCCUGGGCGUCGACUCCAAGGUGUCCGACGUGGACGGCAUGCCCUACUCCACGCUGCUCUACGGCAACGGCCCCGGCUACAGCGCGCCGCGCGCCGUGCCGCCGAACCGCACCCGGGACAGCGGCCACCCCAUGAGCAUGGGCCGAGCGCCGCCCGUGCCCGAGGACGAGGAGGCCCGCAACCGCGUGCACGGGUCCGCGGUGCCGCGGCAGUGGGCCACACACGGCGGCGAGGACGUGGCCGUGUACUCGCAGGGCCCGCUGGCACACGCGCUGCUGGGAGGCAGCAUGGACCAGACCUUCAUCCCCCACGCCAUCGCCUACAUCGCCUGCCUGGCCGACUUCGCGGAGCGCUGCCGCUCGGGGAAGGACAACUACACGACCCCACCUCGGAUACAGGAUCACAUGUGUGGUGGACCAGAACUUGGGAAAGUGGCUCCACCUGGCUCCAUGCAGCCCGGCCCCCAGCCUGAAGUGGUGGCCAGCAGUGUUGUUGCGGAUGAUGGUACAAAGAAGAAGGCCAACGUUCAAGCAACUAUCACAGCAAACGUUAGCGCACCCAGCAUAGGUAACAGUUAUCACUACCAAGUCGGAAUUUUGCUCUACCUGUGCAUAUCGGCCCUACAUUUUCUAAGUGAGAAGGACAGCUACUGAACUCAAGGACACAGAUUGUAAAAUGUUGGCAGAAAAAGUGUGUUUUUAUUGAAAGUUCUCUUCAACGAAUCAACGAAGAGCAGACGACAGAAAUGUGGAGCAGGUUGGCCCAAGAAUAAUGUACAAUUCGAUCCCAACUCUUGUCCUCCUUCCUCAUCAAAUACAUCAUGUAUUCUGUAUGUGGGCUCAAAUCCUGUGAUGUGAUUUUCUUUUUAAUUGUAAAAAAAAAAACUUUUUUAGAAAAUAAAAUUAUGAAAAGCUGAACAGUAUGUCUCAUAAUUGGAUCUGAGAUCUUCAAAGGCCAAAUGUUAAAAAUGAAAAGGAUAACACAAUAAUCAAACUCCAAGUUAGUUUUUUAUUUUUUUUAUUUUUUAUAGAAUAUUUUGAAAGUUGGCAUGCCUAGUAGUUCCUAAAAGAAGGCAAAAGAGAAAUAUGGUCAGACUAAACACAAACAUAUUUCACUAGAAAUCUAUUAAAUUUCAGAAGAAGACACUUACUUUGCAAUGACAUUGUCCUUCUUAGCCAGCCU